AUGGCUUCCGCGAAUAGCAAGCUCUUCAAGCCUAUAAAGAUUGGUGUCUCUGAACUGGAACACCGCAUCGUGAUGGCACCUCUCACCCGCUUUCGCGCUACCGACGAAUACGUUCCGACGAAUUUAAUGGCACAGUAUUACGCACAGCGCGCCGUCACGCCCGGUACGCUUAUACUCGGUGAGGCUGCGGUCAUUUCUCCUCGCGCUGGCGGCUACUCCAAUGUCCCUGGCCUCUGGACCGAUGAGCAGCUUGCCGGCUGGAAGGUUAUCACCGACGCAAUCCAUGCCAAGGGCUGUAAGAUUUGGGCGCAGCUCUGGGCAAUCGGCCGCCCUGCUUACCCCGACCCGGAUGGAUCUGGCGGAGCAGUUAAAAAUGACGACUUCGACUUCGAGAACGACUAUGUCAGCGCGAGCGACGUCCCCAUGGCCAAGGGCUUGCCUGCCCCUCGUCCCUUAAAGGAAGAGGAGAUAUACAGUUUCAUAAGCGAUUAUGCCUCAGCUGCCAAAGCUGCAAUUGAGAAGGGUGGCUUCGAUGCACACACUAACGGCGCACCCAGCUACCUCAUCGACCAAUUCACCCAAGACGUCUCCAACAAGCGCACAGACGCAUGGGGCGGGAGCAUCGAAAAGCGCUCCCGCUUCUGCAUCGAAGUUACCAAAGCGGUCGUGCAAGCCGUCGGCGCCGAGCGCGUCGGCAUCCGCCUCAGCCCCUGGAGCACCUUCCAAGGGAUGCGCAUGGCAGACCCAAUCCCGCAGUUCACAUACCUCAUAACCUCACUACGGAAACUCGACCUCGCCUUCCUCGAGCUCCUCGAACCCCGCGUCGCCGCGAUCAUCGACCGCGACCCGCACGACGACAGCCUCGCCUUCGCGCUCAAGGCGUGGGGACCCGACCGCCCCGUGCUGCUUUCCGGCGGCUUCAAGACGCCCGCGAGCGCGUACGACGCCGUCGACGCGACGUACAGGGAUUAUGAGGCGGCGGUCGUGUUUGGCCGCCUGUUUAUCUCGACGCCGGAUCUGGUCUUUAGGGUUAAGAAGCGCAUUGCCCUGACGCCGUAUGAUCGCUCCACGUUCUAUAAGCAGAAGUACAUGCUGCCUGAGCCCGGCUAUGUCGAUUAUCCGUAUUCGAGGGAGUUUGUCGAGGAGUUUGGCUUGCCUGCUGAGGCGUAG